UCUACUCAAAUCGAACUUUAACAAAAUGGUAUAUGAUGAUGUCUCAAAACAGGACCAAAUUACAACUAAUAAUAAUGAGGAAGAGAAUUUUAUCUUGCCCAUGGACAAUAGUAAUUUAUCAUUUGCACCAACUUCAGCACCAAUUGGCACCUCAACAGGUCGUAAUAAUGAAUAG